ACCGGCCAGACAAGCACGCGUUUUAGUGCGAACGUAGCGUCCGAAGCGAUAACAACAACGAAAAGAAAUUUGAAAUAAGACGGCCCAUUCAACAGCGUGAAUAGUCGGCGGGCGAAACGUUCCGCGACGCGAAAACUGUUUGCGGUUACUGACUCCCACGCCCACGUGCUUCCAAUAAUCGCUUCUCAGGCGCUACUCAUCAUCAGUGCGUGCGUGAUGGGAAACACCGUCUGCAGCCACUUGCCGUAGUGGAUGCCGUUAUGAUUAAUCUCGGUCGCAUCUCGAUUAGAUCAACAUUGAAUAGUGAACGAUUCAAGUUAGAAGGUGCUAAACGGUGCUACACAGAUCGCGAAUGGUGCGGAUGAGUUUAUUCGUGGGUAAAGUGGUUACUUUUGAUGUGUGCUUAAGAAAGGGAAUAAAACGAAGGUGCAUCUGAAGAAAGUCAACCGAAGGCAGGAAAUCGAGUUCAUAGAGGAAAGUUUUCUCCGGUGUUUGGCUGGAAUGCCAACGGGUGAUGGAUCAAGAGAAAGCUUGCGUUUUGGGUGAAGCGGAAUAAAAGUAUUAAACAGACGAGAAGCCGAACCAAAGUGCCUGACCUUGAUAACCGUCGAACUGUUGGAAGAUAGACGAAUUUUUCGACGUCGCGUUUUUCGUAUUAAAUUAGAAUUGUCUUGCGCGCGCGUCGCAUCGCGUGGCCAGCCUUUUGAUGGUGGAAGUGAAAUAUGAUGAUUAAUGGAAACGUCCCAAAGCAAAAAAAUAUUGUGAAAACGUGAGCACACAAACCAAGAGCUCCUAAUUAAAAAAAAAUAAAUUGGCCCAUACAAAGGAAACGCUUAUUAUUGAGCCCAAACUCCAGAGCAUCGUUUAACAAAGAAGCAACAACAACAACAACAACAACAACAACAACAUCCACUUGGCGGUGACUAACGGGAAUAAAACCGGGAAACCACGGCAGCAGCCGCCAUCGGAGCUAGUCACCCGUGGCCGAGUGCAGCGACUUUUUUUCGCGCGGAUCCCCAGACCUAGAUCUCAGAAGAUUUUUGCAAUGGAUAAACAGAGUGUUGCGCUAACCACGGCGCUUCUGCUUCUCGUUAUAGAAAUCAACACCACCCUUGGAGUAAAAUGCUUCCGCUGUACGGUGGCACCCCCCAAUCGGUAUGCCAACAACACGAAAACGCAACUAUGCUCCAGAUUCGACCAUUCCGAUUACUAUACCGUCGACUGUCCUUGGUCAACGAUGUGCGUGAAGCGGGUCUUCAAACUUCAGCUGCUGAAAGCCGAACAGGAAACCAUCAGCCGUGACUGCGCCCAGCAGAAAAAUACUGAGCAGAUCUAUAAAAAUGGAAACUGGACCAAGGAGCAUCACAUAGAGGAACCGUACCAGGAGGGUUGUCAAACGAUUGAUGAUUCGACCUACUGCUUCUGCCGGGGGUCAUUGUGCAAUUCGGCGACCAAGGUCGAGAAAAACAGCUAUCACACAGACGUUAUGGCCGUCAUAUUUUUGUUCAAUGUCUUGAAGUACAUACGAAACAUAGACUACUGAAGUAGGUGCCUUGCGUUUAGGGAAGGACGAACAAAAAGUUAUUUAGUUAGUUAUUUUAUUUCAAUUGUUUUAAAAUGCAACUGUAAUUUCAUUAUCAGCGCAGUUGAAAUGAAUGACGAUGUUCCAUGAAAUUCUAGUGAACAAUUUUCAGAAUUGUUGAACAGACGCUUAUUUCUUUGAAUCCUUUCGGAAUAUUUAUAAAAUCAGCACCGUAGAAUAUAAUAUUAAAUGACUGACUAAAAUCAAAUCAGGAACGCAAGAUGGUAUCUGCUGUUAUCCUUUAGAAAUGUUAUUUUUUCUCAAACAAGUUGUUGUGAUAUUUAAAUGUAGCGGUACGGAAGUAGUAA